AUGCACCACUGGCAUGAUCCCCGUUGCACCGAGCCCGACGUGCGGGUAGCAUCGGGCAGCUCGACGCCACGCUGCCAUGCUUGUGGUGCUGCUCCAGACAUUGCCGCGCUCGUCGCCAGUCGUGCCAUGACUAGUUCGACGCCGACGGUGCCGGCUGAGAAGCGGAUUGGCGAGCUGGACCUGUGGUGGCCGCGCGUAGUUCCGUACUCACGGCCAACUGAUGCCCUACUCGCUUCCGAGGCCCAAAACCGCGACCCCCCUGACCAGGGUCGGGUCGCCAUGCUGCUGCCAGACGCGGACUUGUUUCCAGAAAGAAGCACGCCGUACGCUGCGACUCUUCGCCCCAACGAGUUCCGAUUGAUCAGUCUCCCGGCGGUCGAUGAGUACGACAGCCCCGUCCACCUGACGCUCGAAGUGUACGACCUCGAUGACUGUCCCGAGUACGAGACGGCGUCGUACACGUGGGCUGGCGAGGACGAGGACGGCGCGCUGCUGCAUGAGCUUGCAACCGGCGCUGUGAAGCCACGCUUUGUCGACAGUUCCGGAACACCCAAGGCGCCUCCACCGCAUCAGCUGGGAGAUCUUCUCGGGCGCCGGUACUUCUCUCGGAUCUGGGUCAUCCAGGAACUCCUGCUCUCUCAGCGCGUCUCGAUCCGCGUGGGUGAUGUGGAUUUCUGGGCUGACCCGGCCAUGGCAACUUACCUCGAGGCAAGUUUACCUGGCUGGAAUUGGGCCAAUACGGCGGCCGCGUGGGUGCAACACAUGGCGAAGGGAACUUUGGGUAUCAAGAGCCUCCAGGAACUGCUGAGAUUGACCUCGCUAUCUCAGGCGACGGACCCGAGAGACCGUCUUUUCGGAUUGCUCGGGAUUCUCCCUGAUCUCUCAGCGAAGGAGGUGGGUGGUGCUUCAUCAAGGUCUGGUGAUUCGUCGCUGCCCCUAUGGGGUCUUCACGCGGACUACUCACUGUCAUAUCAACACGUAUUCAUCGGCCUCUUUGGCUACUGUCUCAUCAACUUGAGACAGCCAACCAUCCUUAACCAUGCUUGGGGUCCUGGGUCACAUGGAGAUAAAUAUCCGACCUGGGUUCCAGACUGGAGAUCACAACAGACGUGGGAACGAUUAUUCUUACAUCCACAAGCGAAUAGACAGCGCUUUUAUCAAAUUACCCAAACUCUUAAUGUCGGUGAAGACGGCCAGGUAAUGCCGGAACUGAUCACGUCGCCUGUUGACUUGUAUGACCUAGUUGGUCCCGGCAGUGAACACAUCAUGGCAAAGCAUUUAUGGUAUCAUGAUGCGCAGAUAAAUGCUUCUACUGGUGCAUUGAGUAUCAGGCUAACUCAGUAUAUGGAUCUGUCGGGACCAAUUUUCCACAUAACAGAUCUAGAUGAAUUUGGAUUGUUCGCAAUGCGGAGGAAGCGGUUCACUGUGUUCUUGCUCUGCAAAAGAAGACUCGACAAGCUUAUAUCAACCUCAAGUUCUUGCCAACUUUUCGUACUUAAUGUGGAUGACCGGACUCUCAUGUAUCUCGUUCUUCAACGCUCAUUUGUGGGGGGUCGCGACACCUACAGCCUUGUCUCAACCUGUCCCCAGGUGUUGGUCCAGAUGCCCUCCCAUCGAAGCCAUAACGAGCUGGCAAUACUGCGAUCUCUCACACUGGCAGACGUGCAAUACAGCAUAUUCGACCAGCUUCAGGAAGUCUGGAAAAUACUCCACGGUCUAUCUUUCGAUAAGUAUGACCCCGGAUUCCAAGAGUAUCUUGAGCUGCAGCGCCUUUUCCCCGAUGUGAGAUCAGGUCGCCAAAUCACAUCUACUCUUCGCGCUCUCUACAUUGUUCUCCAUUCUGAUAUCAAGAAUGUGAGCGAGAUAGCCAGGCUGUCCAUGUUUGAGAGCGCGUACGCGGGAGACAUCAGCCGCAAAUUAUCCCCGCGCGUAGAAGGCGAGAACUUGAUCAUAUCCUUUCCCACUACGUGGAGAGACAUAUGCGGCCUGUACUUCCAUGACAGGCGAUUUGAUAGACCCCGCGCCACAUAUUGGUGGUCGUACCGCUUCCGAGGCCAUGAUGUCUGGAUGCCUGCCCCGAUUCCAUACGAAACAUAUACAAGGAUCCUCGAGUCAAGAAGAGACCAGUGCAUCGAGGUGCGACUGCCGAUAUCCAGGGCCCUCUUCAUUCUUGCCCUGUCGCCCGGGGUGAAGGCCCUGAUGCAUGCUGUCAAGAACGCGGCCAAGUUGACUGGGUUAAACGAUGUUCAUGUGUGGGAUAUGCUGGAAGAGCUGGAGCGAAAAAGCAGAGUCUCGACUGAGUUGUCGCAGCCUAAUCAUCACGCCAAAGUUGACGUACCAAAAUCUCCAGAUUCAGUACAAGAGAAGCUCGAACAGAGUCGCUUCAUUGGGUGCGUAUAUGAGAAACAUAUUACCCCAGAUAUCACAUUCCGUCAUCUUAGGGAUGAGUUGGGGAUGGAUGGCAGCACCAGGCGGAUAACCAUCGAGUGA